AUGACUAAAAUUGAUAAUGAAACUUUGAAACCGAUUCCUCCAAACCUUGGUCCUAAUGAGAAGGAAUUGGUUUUACUUAUUUAUGAGGAAUGUAUCCUUAACUCUAAUGAUUGGAAGAGAAAAGUCUGUGCAAAAGAUAAUCGCAAGGAAAACAUGAAAAAAUAUGGGAAUGAAUUGAAGGGAAAGUCAGUUAGUUGUGAGGAAGCAUCCUGA